AUGAUGAGCCAGCGGCGUGGGAUCCAUCUGGACCAAUCAGAGCUGCUUUGCAAAAAAGGAUGUGGUUUUUAUGGCAACACAGCUUGGCAGGGCCUGUGCUCGAAGUGUUGGCGAGAGGAAAAUCAGCGAGAAAAGCAAAAACAGAUUCAAGAGGACUGGGCACUCGCUGAAAGGCUUCAGAGAGAGGAAGAGGAAGCGUAUGCAAGUAGACAGCAGAAAACCCAGUCACAGCCCGCCAUCACUCCCUUCAGUAAAUUUGAAGAAAGGAAAACUAAGGAAAAGUCCAGCAAAGUUAAUACAGUCACAAAGUUUUUUUCUCCUUCCACAAAAACACCACCAAAAAAAGAUGCUGCUCCUUUUGAGGCACAAUCCACCCCCAGCCCCAGCUCUUCAGCAAACCGUCAGACUUCGGUGGACACUGACGAAGCAACGCGGGAGUUCAUUGAUUUUCUCAAGCCGCUGAAAUUAGGGAGGGAGAUCUUCAAACGGUGUCGGGCCUUCACUGAGACCAUGGUUUAUAAGCGGGACAUUGGUGCAGAUGAGCUCUCUGAGUGUGUUCAAGACUUCUACCAGAACCUCUCAGAUCGUCUCAGUGCCCAGAUCAAAGGUCCAUCAGAUCAUGUGGAGACCAUCAUGGAUGAAGUAGAGAAGUACAUGAUGACUCGUCUUUACAAGGAAGUUUUCUGUCCUGAAACGACAGAUGAUGAGAAGAAAGACUUGGCCAUUCAGAAAAGAAUCAGAGCUUUGCACUGGGUCACCAUUGAGAUGCUCUGUGUUCCUGUGGAUGAAGAGAUCCCUGAGGUUUCUGACAGUGUAGUCAAAGCCAUAACCGAUGUGAUUGAAAUGGAUUCAAAGCGUGUGCCCAAGGACAAGCUGGCAUGCAUCACUCGCUGCAGUAAGCACAUCUUCAAUGCCAUUAAAGUCAGCAAAAAAGAGGCGGCGUCUGCAGACGAUUUCCUUCCGACACUCAUCUAUAUUGUGCUGAAAGCAAAUCCUCCACGUCUGCAGUCCAACAUCCAGUAUAUAACACGCUUCUGCAACCCCAGCAGACUGAUGACCGGAGAGGAUGGAUACUACUUUACUAAUCUGUGCUGUGCUGUAGCCUUCAUCGAGAAGCUGGACGGACAGUCCCUUAAUCUGAGCUCAGAGGAGUUCGACCUCUACAUGUCGGGCCAGGCAUCCCCGCAGUGGCCACAGGCCACUGGAGCCUCCUCCUGCUCCCCAGCCAGCACAGCUAUCAGUCAGGUCCACAAACGGCUGGACCUGCUAACAGGGCUCGGGGAACGGCAGGAGCGAAUCAUGGAGAAGGCCCGUCAGCUGGAGAGCGACCUCAUCGACUGGACGGACGAGGUGGAGCAGAAGGUGCAGAGUGUUCUAGAUAGCUUUCCAGCAGAGACACCAAUCCCUGCUGCCUCUGCUCCCAGCGAGACAACACCUGCAGCAUCGUCCGCAAUUGACUCUGAUAACGUGGAGAGCGAGCUCCUUCCUCCACCCCUGAAACCACAGGUGUUUGCUGGGUAAUCUGAAGGGCUGUGCAGAAAAAUCUAAUUUAAAGGCUUUAGUCCACCCACCCCCCUUUGCCUGCUGGUAAACUCUGCUGUCCAUAUGCACAUACAGAUGAUAUGGCUAUCAUAUCUGAUAGGAACACCCUUUCCACUUCAGACAUUUUUGUUAGAUCCACACACUGUCUUACUAAACAACGGAGUGCUGCACUUUGUGAAGCACUCUGCUUCCUUGUAGAGAGUGGGAAUAGGAGUCGUUUACAUUUAUGCAGUAAAUAUGAAUCUGAACUUGAUUGAGAGGAAACUCUAAAAAUCCCUUGUUAAUUAACAUUCUAAACGUUCCUAGAUCCUGGUAUGUUGAGUUUUACCUGUGGACAAGGCCGGCCACUCACAAAUACACUUCCAAAUAUUGUUUUGCUGUUGCAAUUUCCAGUGCAGCAUCUGUGGUGGAACCCUGAUGCUCUGCUUCUAUUUUAGUUUAAGUAAGCACACUUGAGCUUAGGUGUUCCGAGGCUGUUUGAAAAGUAUAAUCUCCCACCUCUUCACAGCCUCUGACUAUUGUUUCCUCCGAGGGAACUGUGAAGCUUAACCUUCUAGAGUGUUAUUCAGGAGGCAUUCUCCACCAUUUGUAUUACUGUGGUGCAGACUGACUCCACCCCAAGCUCAUUCCAAACAUUUCAGUCAGCUACAUCAGCAUUGGUUACAUCGUCAUCUUCGUCCUUGUUGUUACAUGUUUGCUGAUGGUUUAGGUUGUAAAUUUUAAAUGUUUGUCAUUAUUCACAUGGUCAUCUGAAAGCUGUGAAUAAUGUUACAAAUGAUGCAUUUUUAUGAGUGCAGGCUGAAUUUGAUAUGUAGAAACCAAAAACCAUCAGUUGAUUUUGUGGAGGAAAUGUUUCGGGGAAAUGGAAAAACUUGACUUCCCCUCUUUAAUUCCCGUCCAGGUCAUGCCUGUGAUCUCAGCUAUAUUUACUGUGUAUUUCUCUCUACUGAUGAGAAACUUCCUGCGAGGGAGAGAAAUUGUGCGGCUGUUGUGCAUGCAGGAAGUGGGUGUUCACUGCAUGGACUCAGCUGAAGUCGUGUGUGUGUGUGUGUGUGUGUGUGUGUGUGUGUGUGUGUGUGUGUGUGUGUGUGUGUGUGUGUGUGUGUGUGUGUGUGUGUGUGUGUGUGUGUGUGUGUGUGUGUGUGUGUGUGUGUCUUGUCACGUCAGACCUCUCACUCCAGCUGGAUGCACAUAAGUGAUUUUAUUUUUUUAAAGAGUGUCAGGUAUCAAUUCUUCUGGAUGCAAUAGGAGACAUUAACCCUGUAAUAUUUACAGUUGGACUCUCUUAAAAGAGCUUUUGCUUGAACACAUGUUACAUGAAUGCUGAUAGUUGAAUAGUAGGAAUUCAUCUUAUUUAUCUUGUCAUAGGCAUGUCUGAUGAAAUUCUUAAUACGCUCUGACAGAGCUGUUGGGUUUGGUUACUGUAUGUAACAAGAUUGAGAUGUUGCUGUUCCCCUAUAAACACAAGACAUUAAAUGAUUCCUAAGGCCAAGCUCUGCAUAUUAGUCACACAUUUAUUUUAUUUUCUCUUUGAUUUCAAGCCUAAAAGUAGAUUAAAUGAAGGAUGUACAGUAAUUUGCUGUAUUGAGUUAAAAGGAUGAGGGGUAACUGGUGAGAAUCAUUUUAUAGGAUGUAUUAAUUUCUGUCUUUAACUUUUUUCAUUAGAGCUCAAACAUAAACCUUCCCGUUGCCUCUAAGAUAUGAUUUCCAAAUGUUGGUACAUUUUAUUAUUUCUUUCAUUUAUGAAAUUUAUUUCAUAAAUGAAAUUUAUUUUCUUUCAUUUAUUUUCUUUCAUUUUGCAAUAGUAUAGCCUAUGUGCAGUUUCUUUCCACUUUUAGUUUGGAAAAAAGAAAUAACGCAAUCCUAACAGCUUCACUAAUUGCACUGUACGCAGAAACCACAUACCAGUGAGGUUUGUAAUCUCAGUGGUUUGUUAUUAUGUCACAUGGGAGAGUGUAACUCAACGCUGUCUUUUAAUUUAAAAGUAACUUAUUGGGGCAGUGUUGGUCUGUUUACAUCUAUGGGUGUGUGAUCUUAAGUAAUAAAAGUUAUGAAUGCUCA